AUGUCACAAAUAAAGAAGUACGACAUAACAAAUUCGCUGGAUCAGUCCGGGCUCGACUUGUGCCUGAGGCUCAGGGGAGAACUUGACCGGCUAGUGGGCGGAUGGUUGACGGGACUCACACGCGUCUUUAGCCUCCUCCACCGCAGUGACUACUUAAAUACCUCUUCAGUUGAGGCGUCUCUUCAAUGCCUUCUUAUCUCCUCGGAGAAUCUGACGCUCACACUCGCCAAACUCCUGAUAUAUGGUCUGGCGAGUCAUUUUCCCACCGGAAGCAUAUACACUUUUGCCAAAAAAGAUAGAAGCGCAUGUUUUGAACAAAUAACCUCAAGGUUCGGAGAAAGGGCUGUCUACAUCCUAAUAGGAAACACUCCUGAGGAAAAGGAUUCAGCCGCACAGCUGAAAUGGCCCUUCUGGUGUCUUGCAGGGCAUUCGGACCUACACAAUCUCGUUUUUUCUAUUGAGAUGGGAUUUCUGUGA